ACGAUACACACAGUGGGAUUCAUAUAUAUCCGAUAAAUAAUUUAAUAAUAGCAUUAUUAUACCGAGCGAUUUCGGUUUCGAUUUCGGGGCUCCGGGGGAUGCUAUGACGUCACAGAGGAGGAAACUCAACAUGGCUUGGUCACGUGGGCCACAAAAAAUAGUGACGUAAAACGAUGCUGCGUCGUCUGCUCGCGCGUACGCGUGCUCUCCCAGCAGAGGUAAACAAGUGGCGACUCGAAGCGCAUGUCGCGAUGUCCGACGAAUCAUACUUCACCGAAAGCACGUCCUCCUCCGAGUCGGAGUCGUACGAGGACACAGACUUGUUUUGUUAUGACGACAGUGAAUGUGACGAAAACAGCGCGGUCCAAAAUCCAGAAAACCAUUUUAGAUUCGAUCCGCUUGCCAGCGAUGAAGAAGAGGAGAAUGUCAUGCCUGCCGUUCACGAGCAGCAAGUUGAGCGGAGCGGCAACGUUGACUGGUGCACAUGUGGUCGUUGUCGUCCGAUGGAAACAAACCGUGAAUCGGUGUGCUGCCGCGAAAUUUCGGAGGUGGCAGCCCGUGUGCCGGAAGGGGCCAAAUGUAUAACUGACCACCCCACUUUUGUGCACGCGUGCCUCAACGUGCAUGCUUUAGAGGUCGCAUACUACACCUUGAGAGAGGACCGCCCUUCGCUGGUCAACGCACCUGAUAUCCACACGAGAUACAGGUACACUGCCUACAGGCAGUUCGUCCGCUGGAUAUGGAUUUGGCUGGGCCGUCGUAAUCGCAGAGUAUUGCCCAGCUGUGUCGUCAAUGAAAUAAGAAAUGCUUUUCCAUCAGCGCGCUAUGCAGGAUUCAGAUACCCCGAAUAAUAGUCAAGUUGUCCGUUUUGCCACAAAUAAAUGCC